AUGGCUGAUCAGACCCCGAACACGCCUGUCCCUCUCCCGGCCUAUGGCCAACCUGGCGCUACCUCAGGCUCGUUCGGAAUGCUUAACGGAGUUGCUCAUCAGCAGGAUGCCACAAUGACCGACGCUCAAAGCGCCGAAAAGUGUACAAACUUCCCAAGCACGAGCGCGCAGCCAUCAAGCAGCGCAACCGCGCCAAACGGGGCAACCAGCCAGUUUCCGUCUACGGCUACCCAGACUGGUACAUCCCUUCGGAAUACAUCAUCAACGGCAGCCGCAGCCAUGUCUUCUACAGCCAACGGGACGAACUUCGGCGCCGCACCCAGCAACACAAUGGACAACUUCAACGCGAACAGCUCGUCGCGAGCUACCUCAUUGCACCCGGACACGGGCUUCACGAUGCCUCUGGAGGCCCCGCCUCAUGGGGCGCCGGUGCGACAGUAUCUGAACUCGAAGGUCACGACUCACGUGCUGGACGGGAUGAAGAAGAUCGCGAAGGAGCAACCGAAGGACCCCCUGCGAGCACUGGCGGAGUUCCUGAUGGAGCGAUCUAAGGACAUCGAGACGCAGACGUGA